AUGUCGGGUCCAGCUACAACCCCUUCCGACGCAGGCAUCACGAUUUCCAGUGAGAACGAAAAUCAAGAGAUUUCCAGAUCGCAAAUGCACAAACUCCUCGUCGACAACGCAAAAUGGAAGCAACGAUCUGAAGAGACAUCGAGUAUACACAUCGCCGACCUGAAAAAGCUCUCCCCCAAUGAUGCUUUGUCCACUGUCUUGCUUGGAGACAGCAUGUUUGAGCGUAUGAAGACCACAGGCCAAAGUGCUAGUCUGGAGCCCUGGCCGUCCACCGAAAUGCUAGGUGGAAGAGCCUUUAACCAACUCAAGGCCACCAAUCCGCUCUUUCAUAAACGCCUAGAUGGCGUUUUCAACACAGGCGUUGGCGGUGACGGCGUUCAGAACAUCGUCUAUCGGCUUGCAGGCGAAAAAGCGAAAAACCUGGACGGGUUGCUUCCAACAUUAGGAGCUCAUAAUAUCAAACUUUUCGUGCUACAUUGCGGCACCAACAACCUGCACCAUAAGCAAGGUCUGAAGGAUCGGGACCGUGAUUACAUGCGCCUCAUAUUGCAGGCGCUACUCCACAUAGCUCGAGCUGGGUCAAAGAUUCUCGUUACUGGUCUCUUCUACCGGAAUGACAUAUCGGAUGAGCUAGUUGAUGACGCGAACGGGAAGAUCCAAGAUCUAGUCAACAGCAUGAAUGAAAAUAUCGGAGCUCUACAGAUCUUGUAUCUAGCUCCUGCGCCAAAAGUCUGCAAGGAACAUCUUGUUGAUCAUGUACAUCUCUCAAUCGAUGGAUAUCGUCUGUGGACAGAGCACCUCUUACCAAAAGUGGUUGAGUUGUUGCGAGAGGUUGACUUACUGCGCAAGGCUGCCCGGUCUAUUCACGAGAACGCGGAACAAGAACUAUUCCAUAGUCUGAAGUCUUCAGGGUCUUCAUCGCCUUUGUAA